AUGGCCACUGCAAGGAAUGAUGCUAAGACUGUGGUGAAAUUUAUCAAGAAGAACAUUUUUUCUCGAUUUGGGGUACCUCAAAUCUUGAUCAGUGAUGGUGGUUCGCACUUCUGUAAUACUCAACUUCAAAAGGUAUUAGGUCAAUACCAUGUGAAUCAUAGAGUAGCGUCCCCUUACCAUCCACAAACUAAUGGGCAAGUCGAAGUAUCUAACAGAGAUUUAAAGAAAAUACUAGAAAAAAUAGUGGCAUCAACCAGAAAAGAUUGGUCAGCCAAACUGGAAGAUGCAUUGUGGGCUUACAGAACUCCAACUGGUUUGUCUCCUUUUCAACUAGUGAAUGAAAAAUCAUGUCAUUUACCAGUUGAGAUGGAACACAAGGUAUAUUGGGCUCUGAAAUUUCUGAACUUUGAUGAGAAGGCAUCCAGGGAGCACAGAAAGAUCUAA